AUUAAGGAUUAAUAGCCUUCAGACCUUCAGAGAUAGACUUAACUGCUUGUUACAUGAACUUUGUAAAGUUCUCUCCUGGUCCCCCUGAGAGGAAAACAACACUUUGUGGCGAGUUGAUACAACUGGCAGGUGAAGGAGGAGACCCAAGAAUGACAGAAACCAAUACCCCCAAAUCGGCAAAGAAGCCCCGCUGGACCUCUCUUGAGAUUGGCCUCAUUACUAUUGUCUCUUUGCUCUUCAUCGUCAUAGUUGCCCUCAUCAUCCUCUUUGCCACACAAAAAUCUGAUGAAAUCUGCACCACAGCCGAAUGCACACAGUCAGCGUCUCGUCUCCUUGAGAAUAUGGAUUCUUCCGCGGAUCCUUGUGAAAACUUUUAUCAGUACGCCUGUGGAGGAUGGCUCAAAAAGCACAUCAUCCCAGAGACCAGCUCGAGAUACACCACAUUUGACAUCUUACGAGACGAACUGGAGGUCAUCUUAAAAGGUGUCCUUGAGAAGACUGUGGAGGGGGAGGCUGCUGCUCUCACCAAGGCCAAGACCCUUUACAAGUCCUGUACCAAUGAGACUUUAAUAGAGCAGAGAGGAGGAGGUCCUUUGCUAGACAUGCUGCCUGAUGUGUUUGAGUGGCCCAUCGCUGUGGACAACUGGGAGGCAGACUAUGGGAAAACUUGGAGAUUAGAAGAUGUCAUUGCCAGGUUAAAUGAGAAAUAUGGAACUCAACUCUUGGUGAACUUUUUUGUUGGCACUGAUGACAGGGACUCCACUUCAUACAUCAUUCAUUUUGACCAGCAGACGAGCCUCGGCCUCUCGUCCAGAGAUUACUACACCUGCGAUGGUCCCUAUGCAGAGGCAUGUCGAACUUAUGAGCAGUUCAUGAUUGACCUGGCUAAGUUGAUCCGCUCUGAUCGAGGACUGGAAGUCAACGAAACUCUCAUAAGAGAGGAAGCGACGCGAAUUAUGGACUUGGAGAGGGACAUCGCCAAUGCCACUGAUACACCAGAGGAUCGAAACAACCCCAUUUUGCUCUACAACAAGAUGGAACUGGGAGAAUUAAAUGACAACUUCACCCUUGAAGUGGAAUCAAAGGUGUUCGACUGGAUUUACUUCACAGCUAAGAUAAUGAACACGGUCAACCUCAACAUUCCCAGCACAGAGAAAGUCAUUAACUACUCCCCCAACUAUUACAGAAGACUCAACCAAAUCUUGGACAAAUACACAAAAAGGGAGCUGCAAAACUACAUGGUGUGGCGUUUUGCUAUGAACAUGGUGGUGGGCCUGAGCAGAGCUUACAGAGACACCAGGAAAGCUUUCCGCAAGGCUCUGUUUGGCGCGACGUCGGAGGUUGCCGUGUGGCGACAGUGUGCACUUUACGUCAACAACAACAUGGACAAUGCUGUAGGACGGCUAUAUGUGCAGGAGGCCUUCUCUGAAAAGAGUAAAGAACUGAUGGAGGAAAUGAUUAAAGACAUUCGGGAAGUGUUCCUUAGUAACAUUAAUGACCUAACCUGGAUGGAUGCAGAGACAAAGAGUGCAGCAAAAGAAAAGGCCCAAGCUAUUCGAGAACGUAUUGGCUAUUCUGAAAACAUCAUGGAUGAUGAAUACUUGAAUAAAGAGUACAAAGAUCUGAUCUACAGCACAGAGGAUUACUUUGAAAAUAUCCUACAGAACCUUGAGUAUCUGCAGAAGAAGCGCCUGAGGAAACUGCGAGUCAAAGUCAACAAAGACGAGUGGGUAACUGGAGCAGCUGUUGUGAAUGCCUUCUACUCAGCCAGCAAAAACCAAAUUGUGUUCCCAGCAGGUAUUCUUCAGCCUCCUUUCUUCAGCAAAGGGCAGGCUAAAUCUCUCAACUAUGGUGGCAUUGGCAUGGUCAUCGGUCACGAGAUCACACAUGGCUUUGAUGACAAUGGUCGUAACUAUGAUAAAGAUGGUGAUCUAAAGGACUGGUGGACGCCAGAUUCUACCCACAGAUUUCUGGAGCUGUCAAAGUGCAUCGUUGAUCAGUAUGGCAACUACUCCUGGGAUCUGGCCAAGGGACUACAUUUAAAUGGUAACAACACUUUAGGGGAAAACAUAGCUGACAAUGGAGGGAUUCGACAGGCAUAUCAGGCUUACAAGACGUACGUGAAGCACCACGGAGAAGAGCCCCCGCUGCCUGGCAUCGAUCUUUCCCAUGAUCAGCUCUUCUUUCUAAAUUUUGCUCAGGUGUGGUGUGGAACAUAUCGACCAGAGCAAGCCGUCAACUCUAUUAAAGUAGAUGUCCACAGUCCGGGGCAAUUCAGAGUGUUGGGCUCCCUUCAAAAUUUUCCAGAAUUUUCCAAAGCUUUCAACUGUAACAAAACCAGCCACAUGGUCCCUGAUAAAGUUUGUCGUGUGUGGUGAAUGAAGAGCUCUGGGACAGGUUGUCUCUGUCCCCUCACCAUUUUGUACCUCUCCCCUCUGACUGCUGGAGCACUAAUAGUGGGGUACAGGAAGGUGGAAGCUUUCCUUAGUUCUUUACUUGGACCACGGCUGAAAAAUGGAACUUGACACUGCAGAAUGCGCUUCAUCAUGCAGCAGCAGACUGUACUCUCAACGGCAGAAGGAGCACUGCCUUGCAUUUUCUGAUACUGUACUUCAUUAAAUCGGCAUGUUUUUCCUUCA